ACCGUAGAGUGAAACUUACUGCGAUCGAUUAACAAGCAUUCGCCAAUUAAAUCACGCCACGUAGGAAUCUUAUGUUAUUCAAAGUUCAAACCCAGGGGCAUCAAAGUCCAUUUGUCGUCUUCCCUCCCUCUUUAAUAUUUUUUGUUUGUUGAAAAUAACUUUUAAUUUUAUUUUUAUUUUUAUUUUUCGAGGCACCUACUACUUCAGCUACAUUUCCCAUUUGUUGCAUAAUAAUUUUAUUUUAGUUUAUUGCCUUGAAAACUGAAAUUUAGUUUCCUUCCUUGGCCAUUGCCAUAACUAGGGUCCCCGUCCCUUCCGCUUGUGCGGCUGACCUCCAUCAAUCCCUGCCUAGUUUCAUCCACUAUAAACUGUUACCCAACUGUCGCCGUCUGUUUUUCUUUCUUCUUCUCCGCCGCAGCCGCAGCCCCCGCCCCCGCCGUCUUCCUUCCGACAUCUCUUCCCUUUUUCCCAUCACUUCACUCGGUUGACCCUAAUUCAUCGAUCUGGAUAUGGGUUUCCUGCUGGUUUCAAUUAAUUGUUUCUCGCCGGCGAAUAAUCGAUAAGGGUUCCCCUAUUUCUCGCCUUCUCGAUUGUUCCACCGGAGAAAGGCUACCUUUCUUUUUCUUCUUUGGGGGUUGGUCUUCUUUUCUAAAUCUUGUUUUGGUUUUGGUAGUUCUGAGCUCGUUCAGCUGUGGAAAUUUGUGGGUUUUGGGAGAUUCGGAUUGGGUUCUUUCUCAAUUUCCCCAAUUCGAUUGGGAUUCGAUGGAGCAGCUCAGGCUCGCUUUUAUAGAAAGUUCGGAUUUUGCUGGAUUUCCAUGUCUGUCUGUUUUCGAAAAUAUUCAUUUCUCUUGAGUGACCAAGAUUAAAAUAAAUAGGCAUCUAUCCCAUUCACUACUCGCAUCUGUGUCCAGAGACAGAGUAUCGGUUUUGAUCUUGCAGAAAAACUGUAAAAAAAAAAAAAAAAGAAACAGCCCAUCUUUUUCUUCUCUUCUGAGAUGGAGGAUAAUAGGAACGACGGGAAAGUCAACAGAGGGAGCAGCUGCAGCCCCAGCGGCGGCGGCGGUGGCGGCGUGUAUAUGGCCGACGCCGUUCUAGGCUGCGUGAUGCCGUACAUCCACGACGCGCGUGACAGGGACGCGGUGUCGCUGGUCUGCCGGCGGUGGUACGAGCUGGACGCUCAGACCCGUAAACACGUCACGAUUGCCCUCUGCUACACGACGAGCCCAGAUCGGCUCCGCCGGCGGUUCAAGCACCUCGAGUCCCUGAAGCUCAAGGGGAAGCCCCGGGCGGCCAUGUUCAAUUUGAUACCGGAGAAUUGGGGCGGGUAUGUUACCCCAUGGGUGAAAGAAAUCGCAGAGUCGUUUACCUGCUUGAAAUCGGUUCACUUCAGGCGGAUGAUUGUUAAGGAUUCGGAUCUGGAGCUUCUCGCCAGGUCUCGUGGGAAGGCCUUGCAGCACUUGAAGCUCGACAAGUGCUCUGAUUUCUCUACCGAUGGGCUUCUUCAGGUGACUCGAUUGUGCAAGCAAUUGAGGACUUUGUUUUUGGAAGAGAGUAUUAUCUUGGAGAAAGAUGGUGACUGGCUACAUGAGCUUGCUACACAAAAUACUGUUCUUGAGACUCUUAACUUCUACAUGAUAGACCUCACCAAACUAAGGGUUGAAGACCUUGAACUCAUAGCCAAAAACUGUAGAUCCUUGAUCUCUAUAAAGAUGAAUGAUUGUGAGAUUCUAGAUCUCAUUGGCUUCUUUCGAGCUGCAACUUCUUUGGAAGAAUUUUGUGGUGGCUCCUUUUCUGAUUUACCUGAAGAUGAUGUACCAGACAGGUACUCUGCUGUAACUUUCCCCCCUAAACUAUGCCGGUUAGGUCUAACCUACAUGGGAAAGAAAGAAAUGGCCAUAGUUUUUCCAUUUGCUCCCAUUCUCAAAAGGUUGGAUCUCCUCUACGCAUUGCUUGACACAGAGGAUCACUGUCUUUUGAUUCAAAAGUGCACCAAUCUAGAAAUCCUUGAGACAAGAAAUGUGAUUGGAGAUAGAGGGUUGGAAGUUCUUGCAAGGAGUUGUAAGAAACUAAAGAGGCUCAGAAUCGAGCGUGGUGCAGAUGACCAAGGACCAGCGGAUGAAGAAGGUGUGGUUUCACAAAGGGGACUGAUUGCUCUCUCCCAGGGCUGCCUAGAACUCGAGUACUUGGCUGUCUAUGUCUCUGACAUCUCAAAUGAAGCUCUCGAGUCACUUGGCACCUACUCAAAGAACCUCAAUGACUUCCGCCUGGUUCUUCUGGAUAGAGAGGAGAGAAUAGCUGAUUUGCCACUCGACAACGGAGUUCGGGCACUAUUGAGAGGCUGUGACAAGCUAAGGAGAUUCGGUCUAUAUCUCAGACAAGGUGGGUUGACCGAUUUGGGGAUGAGCUAUGUUGGGCAGUACAGCACAAACGUGACGUGGAUGCUUUUGGGUUACGUCGGGAAUAGUGAUGAGGGUCUUCUGGCUUUCUCCCGUGGAUGCCCUAGCCUACAGAAGCUUGAGAUGAGGGGAUGCUGCUUCAGUGAGGGUGCACUGGCUAGAGCUGUACUCCAACUGGGUUCCCUUAGGUACUUGUGGGUGCAGGGUUACCGAGCAUCACUGACCGGAAGGGACCUUUUAGCAAUGACUCGCCCUUUCUGGAACAUCGAGCUGAUUCCUCCGAGGAAAAUAGUUGUCCCGAGUCAGGAUGGAGAAACUGUGAUCAUGCAUCCUGCACAAAUACUUGCUUACUACUCUCUUGCGGGACCGAGAUUGGAUUUUCCUGAUACCGUUAUCCCCUUGGACCCAGGAAGCUAGCUUUGGUUUUCAAGUUGUUGUAUAUUAGAGAUAUGAGUCAGCAUCCAGUGUCUAUAGUUUCAUCCUACUUUCCUGUUUCUAUUUUGAUCAGUUGUUUAUCAUCCUUUUUUUCUUGUCUGUCUGGUUUUAGAACUUUAGCUGCUCUGGGUUUGUGUGGAGACACACCCUUCUGUCUGUACUAAUAAGGCCUUGCUCUUUAUGGAGUUUGUGUGUAAUUGUGGGAGUAAACGAGCACUUUAAAUUGUAUUUCAUAGUUGUUACUGAGACAAAAGAUCAGAAUCUGGAGCUUGAUGAAAUUAUAUAAGAUAUGAUGCCAUGGGGCUUGCUUCUGGUUCCACUUGUUUUUUAUUUUUUGUGCCGUAUUUUGACAAUGACAUGAACUUUCAUGUAAAAUACGUGUUUUUGCCUGAACUUUCGAAUAAUACUAUCAGUCCGAAUUCCGAAUAAAAUGCACAAAUUUGACUUUGAAUUUUGUGUUGAUCGUUAGUAUUGACGCCGUCAUUUAUUGAAAUUUGUGUUGAUCGUUAGUAUUGACGGUGAAUCGUUUCUCUACUGUGUAACUCAUCACUCAAUACUGAAGUGGCUACGAAUUGGUUUCCACGUCAUUUAUUGAUUUUGAAAAAUAAUUGCAGGAAAAAAAAACUUAAAAAACAAUUUUCCAUAUCACCCCGACCUUAUUCUACUAUUGCCGAGGGCCAUUAGCAACCAGUCAAAAAAAGUACGCUACCCUUGAAUCUGUUCUUCAUUUUUAAUCUCAAUUUCAUCUAAUGGGCGGAAAUGUCAUAUGCAAUUGGGCUGGGCCUUCGAUACAAAGCCCAAACUGAAUUGGCAGCUGAUUUUGGAACUAGAAAGUUGAUUUUUAUUAUUGAACAGAGAAAGAAGGAACUCCGAAACCCAAAAGGCCCGACCCGCGGGCCGCUUUUUGUUGUAUCGGAUGAUUUUUAAUUUGGACGUAAGGUUUUGAUUCCUUUUCUUUUGUGUUCAUCUCUUUGCUUUUUCACCCUGCUUAUUGAGGCCACCUUUACACAAUCGAGAUUAUCUUGUCUGGGCUGAAAACAGGAGCUACGAUUGCGAAGGAUCAACGAACAGAUCGCCUUUUUUUUGCAAUUAACAAAAAUAUCAUUAAGAUCUUGUCCUUGCUAUAUCCAAGUUCAAUGUGUACUAUUAAAUGCUUUUUAAUCUUGGGGUUUAAUUUGUGGGUUCUUUUUCAACAAGAGAAAAAAGGAAAUGGGGAUGGGAAUAAAAGGUGGAUGAUAGGUAGAUAGGUACAAGGCUUCAUGCUCAAACAAACACUGUUUUAUUGGGUGGUUAAGGCCAAAAAUAAGGAAUCAAACGAUGUGUUUUUUUACGUUGAAUAGAUUAUUCUACAAAUUGCCUCUUGUUCUCUGCAUUAUGAGAGAACUUCAUGCGUAAUCAUGAUCGUCAUGUUAUAAUUAGUCACAUCGUCUUUGCAGUCGUUAACAAACGAACAUCUUUCCAGUAAUUGUAUAAGUUGAAUAUGGAUUUAUCAUGUUACACAUACCAUUAACGUAUAUAACUUGACUACACUACAAUAUCGUAACUACUCCAAAUUUAGAUAUGUCAUGUUGUACAUGCAUGUAACUCCCCCUGGUAUCGUGCAAUGUAGUGCAAACUUGUCACUACUUCAAAGUUCAAGUAUUGAUAAAGCAACGCACUAUAUAUUGGUAAUUGUUCAGACACAAUAUUCGAAAACAAAAACGUUUAUGGACGUGAAAGAUAAGGCAGAAAAUAAAGUUUGGGUGACGUCAAUAAUAAUUAUAAUGCCCUUCUUUUCCCAUUCUCCAUGACGUAUGCCAUGCAACUUGGAGUCCGGCUGGCGGCUGCUGCUCCUUUGCAUACCAAUAAGCAAUAUUAUCAUUAAAUACCAAAUAGAUUUAACUCAAAUAAAGCGAAAAAAGUUUG